UUGCGUGGGGUAUUGUCGUCGUUGGUCCAGUUUGACCUUUUUGGCCUUCCAAUUCAAGCAUUCCAAAAUUUCGGGGGUUUGACGGGAUUUCAUAUUUUUUAUAGUUAAAUGGUAGAGCCCUUUGUUACUGACCCGACAAUGUGCAGGGUUGACCACGCUAAACUGAAUUCUGUUUUGGUCCAUAAAUAAGAUUCAGUAUUCCAAAAAAAAUGCUGACAAACAAAUAAACACUCGUGAACAUCCUAACAACAACUACUCUUAGUGGAAAAUAGAGACUCUUAAGAUUAAGUAUGUGUUCCAACAUGACUGAUGGGCAUUAUGUAUUUGUGUAUGGAACACUCAAGCAAAACGAACCCAAUGAGCAUUGGCUCAAAAACGGACUAAAUGGGACUUCCGUCUUCAUUGGAUUGGGCCAAACCUCCGUCAGGUAUCCAUUGGUAAUUGGCACGAAGUACAAUGUUCCAUUUCUACUGGAUCUACCCGAUCAAGGCCAAUUAAUCCAAGGUGAGAUCUACCAAGUUGACGAAGAAAAGUUGAAACAUUUGGACGUACUGGAGGACUAUCCCAAAUGGUAUACCCGACGAACAGAACGAAUCACAAUCUUGAAGUCAAGUCACAAGUCCGUGGAGAGUGUCCAGGAGUUGGAAUGCGUCAUGUAUUUCUUGUUGAAGCACAGACCUGAAAUGCUGGAGCUGCCUUUCUUGAACAACUAUUCUUCAUCGGGACCGCAUGGGUUACCUUUUAAAUACGAGUAUCCUUUGGUCAUUGCCUCCAAGUACAACAUCCCUUUCCUCCUGGACCUACCCAAUCAAGGUCAUUUCAUCCAAGGCGAAAUCUAUCAAGUCAAUGAAGAGAAAUUGAAACAUUUGGACGUGCUUGAGGAUUAUCCCAAAUUGUACAAACGUCGGCUUGAGUGCAUCAAAAUCUUGAAGCCUACUCACAAGUCAGUUGAGAAUACAAUUGAACUUGAAUGCAUCGUGUACUUAUUGGUUAAGCACAAGCCGGAAAUGCUGGAGUUGCCUUUCCUGGACAACUAUUCUUCGUCUGGACCACACGGGCUCCCAUACAAUUCCAGUAAUGAUGAUCUCAGCGAUCCCGAAGAUAUUAAUGUGGACACCAACACUCAACCCGGCACUUAAUCAAGGAUGAUAAAUCGAGUCUAGGAACUUCAACUGCAUUUGUUUUGCUUUUCUUUCUUUUCAACGAGAGCUGAAUAAAGAUACUUCAAGUCAUUGGACUUCAAAA